GAGUAUGGAGUAGUGGACAUUGGUUGGGAUGGUACGGAGUAGUGGCCAUUGGUUGGGAUGGUACGGAGUAGUGGCCGUUGGUUGGGAUGAGUACGGAGUAGUGGCCGUUGGUUGGGAUGAUGUACGGAGUAGUGGCCAUUGGUUGGGAUGGGUACGGAGUAGUGGGCCGUUGGUUGGGAUGGGUACGGAGUAGUGGCCGUUGGUUGGGAUGAGUACGGACGGCCGUUGGUUGGGAUGGCUACGGAGUAGUGGCCGUUGGUUGGGAUGGCUACGGAGUAGUGGCCAUUGGUUGGGAUGGGUACGGAGUAGUGGCCAUUGGUUGGGAU